GGGACCCGGGCCAUGGCGGGGCGCGCCGCUCGCCGCGGCUGCCUGGGCUGGGACUUCAGCACGCAGCAGGUGAAAGUGGUCGCUGUGGAUACUGAGCUGAACGUCUUCUAUGAGGACAGUGUGCAUUUUGACAGAGACCUUCCUGCGUUUGGGACUCAGGGCGGUGUCCAUGUACACAAGGACAAGCUGACGGUCACCUCUCCGGUCCUCAUGUGGGUCCAGGCUCUGGACCUGAUCCUGGAGAAGAUGAAGGCUUCAGGCUUUGACUUCUCUCAAGUCCUAGCCUUGUCCGGGGCGGGCCAGCAACACGGCAGCGUCUACUGGAGGGCCGGGGCCAGCCGGGCGCUCACAAGCCUGUUACCAGAUCUCCCCUUACAGCAGCAGCUGAAGGACUGUUUCUCCAUCAGCGACUGCCCGGUGUGGAUGGACUCCAGUACCACGACCCAGUGUCGCCAGCUGGAGGCGGCCGUGGGUGGGGCCCUGGCUCUCAGCCGUCUUACAGGGUCUCGGGCCUAUGAGCGUUUCACAGGAAACCAGAUUGCCAAGAUUCACCAGCAGAACCCUGAGGCCUACUCACACACAGAGAGAGUGACCUUGGUCAGCAACUUUGCCGCUUCUCUGUUCCUGGGCUCUUACUGCCCCAUCGACUACAGUGAUGGUUCUGGAAUGAAUUUGUUGCAGAUCCAGGACAAAGUCUGGUCUCAGGCUUGCCUCCGUGCCUGUGCCCCCCAUUUAGAGGAGAAGCUUGGUCCUCCGGUCCCAUCGUGCUCAGUCGUGGGAGCCGUUUCCUCCUACUACGUCCAGCGCUAUGGAUUUCCCGUGGGAUGCAAAGUGGUGGCCUUCACCGGAGACAACCCAGCAUCACUGGCGGCCAUGAGGCUGGAGGAAGGUGACAUUGCGGUCAGCCUGGGCACCAGCGAUACCCUAUUCCUCUGGCUCCAGGAGCCCACACCCGCCUUGGAAGGCCACAUCUUCUGCAACCCGGUUGACCCCCAGCACUACAUGGCGCUCCUGUGCUUUAAAAAUGGCUCCCUCAUGAGAGAGAAGAUCCGAGAUGAGUGUGCUUCCGGCUCCUGGCGCGAGUUCUCCAAGGCCCUGCGGUCCACGGAGAUGGGAAACAGCGGGAGCGUGGGCUUUUACUUUGAUGUAAUGGAGAUCACUCCAGAAAUUUGCGGGCGUCACAGGUUUAAUGCAGGAAACGCUGAGGUCUCGGCAUUCCCUGGAGACGUGGAGAUUCGAGCACUGAUUGAAGGACAAUUCAUGGCCAAGAGGAUUCAUGCAGAAGGCCUGGGCUAUCGAGUCAUGCCCAAGACUAAGAUUUUGGCCACCGGAGGGGCAUCUCACAAUAAAGACAUCUUACAGGUGCUCGCGGAUGUGUUUGGUGCCCCCGUGUAUGUCACAGACACUGCCAACUCGGCCUGCGUGGGUUCGGCGUACCGGGCUUUCCACGGCCUUGCUGGUGGGACAGGCAUGGCUUUUUCAGACAUUGUGAAGAUAGCUCCAAAUCCCAAACUGGCUGCCACCCCAAGCCCUGGAGCUUCUCAGGCCUAUGAGGCCCUCCUUCCCCGGUAUGCGGAACUUGAACGGAGAAUCUUGUCUCAGGCCCUGGGGACUUUGGAAUGAAUUCUGCAGGCUCAGACAUCCCAGUUGCCCCUGCCUGCCUUGUGUGUUCUGACCAGUGUCGCCUGCUAUCCUGAAUUCUCCCGAGUGUUCCCGUCCUGUCCAGGACUAUCCUGAAGCCAGUGUCACCAUGGUUCCCUGAAGAGACGUGGGCUGCCUGCGCCAGGGUUCAAGAACAUCUGUCCUUUCCUGCCCUUUAUCCCAGGAGACAGGAAAACAAGACUGGGAUGUGGCCACUAAAUAGAGUCAUUUCCCCUUUCAAAGGCAGAAAGAAAGGCAUCUCAGGGGCUGGAGAGAUGGCUUAGUGGUUAAGGUGAAGCCUAAGGACCCACGUUCAAUUCUCCAGGCUCCACGUAAGCCAGAUGCACAAGGUGAUGCAUACAUCUGGAGUUCAUUUCCAGUGGCUUGAGGCCCUGGUAUGCCCAUUCUCUCCCCCUCUCCCACUCUUUGUCUCUAAUAAGUGAAAUAAAAUAAAAAGACAUCUCAGAACCACAGUCCUCAGGAUGAGGGAGAUAAAGCCCUCCUGUUCCCUCCCUCCUCAGGCUACCUCUCCUUAAGCCCUGGCCCGCAGCACCCCACCCUAUAUCUUGACCCUGCCCUCCAUCCCCUUCCACAAACCACAGCUACUUCUGUCCCCGCCCCGACUGUCCCUGCUGUGUGUGCCCUCCCGAGAGGGUACCUCCCCAAGUUCUCCUGCCUGCCCACUCUCCCCUCGCCUUCAUGCUCUUUGCUUUCUCUCCUCACAGCUCCUGCCCUUCUCCCUCACUCCUCCCUCAGCUUUCCUUCCCCACACCCACCUGGUGUAACUCACCACUUCCCACCCAAGAACACUCUGGUGGGUGAGAGCAGCGACUGAUGGGAAGUCAAAAGGAAGGUGCUUGGUGAAGGCAUCAUCGCUUCUGCUAGAGGCCAAGGCUCCCUGCAAGGGAGUGGUGUCCCUUAGAGGAAGUGGGUAGUAAAAGUUUGCAGCUCACCAGACAGUUAUCUCUCAUUACCUCCUCGACAUUGCUUGUAAAGAAAAUGUGCAUCACUGACCAAAGAAAAGGGCUGUCUUGAACCACAUUGCAGAGUAAACUGUAACAUAACAGUC